UUGUCUGAAACUGAGCUAAGAAAGUUUAUGGCGAUACUGAUAUACAUGUCUGUUAUAAAAUAUCCCAAUGUACGGCUAUACUGGUCAAAUACUGUAGGUUUUCAACCAAUCAAGGACAUAAUGACUGUCAACAGAUUUGAGACUAUUCGUAGAUUUCUACAUUUCAACAAUAACGAGAAACAUUUACCCAAGGAACACCCACAACAUGAUAGGCUCCAUAAGAUAAGGCCUAUAAUUAGCCAUCUAAAUGAAAAAUUUGCUUUAGUUCCUAUGGAACAAAGACUCUCAAUUGAUGAACAGAUGUGUGCCACUUUCGUGGCACACUUCAUGAAGCAGUAUUUACCUAAUAAGCCCCAUAAGUGGGGGUUUAAAUUAUAUGUGAUGUGCAGCGUGAAAGGUUAUGCUCAUAAAUUUGAAAUAUAUACUGGCCAAGAGAAUGAACGGCUUCCAGAUGAACCAGAUUUUGGGCCAGUGGGAAAUGUUGUAGUCCGGCUUGCUAGAGGUGUCCCAAGGCAUAUAAAUCUAAUUUAUUUUGAUAAUUUUUACACCUCUGUACCUUUAGUUACCUAUCUUGCCAAACAAGGAAUCUAUAGCCUAGGUACUGUCCAAUCUAACAGGCUAGUGAACUGCAAACUGCCGGACAAAAAAACAAUGAUGAAGAAAUCUGUUCCUCGUGGAACUUAUGAAGAGCAGAUGACUGAAUUUGACGGUAUUGAUGUGACAGCAGUUACUUGGAAGGACAAUAAAGUUGUAACUUUUCUAUCUUCGUAUGUUGGAGCUGAACCUGUGGGCCAAGUAGAAAGAUUUGACAAGGCAAAUAAGACUAGAAUUAAAAUUUCAUGCCCACAUAUAAUUAAGGAAUAUAAUGCCCAUAUGGGUGGAGUGGACCUAAUGGAUAGCUUUAUUGGAAGGUACCGAAUUGCAAUGAGAAGCCGAAAGUGGUAUCUUCGUAUCUUUUACCACUUAUUGGACAUGACGGUAAUAAAUUCUUGGCUUGUGUAUAAAGAUUUAAAAAUAACUGAAGCCAAUUCAUCAGUUCUAAACUUAUGUCACUAUAGACUGGAACUAGCUGAGGUAUUAGCCAAAGUAAAUAACUCAUUUGAACUCUGCAACAAAAGAGGAAGGCCAAGUACCAGCAACAGUGUUGAAAUGGAAAUACAAGCAAAGAAAAGGAGAGGACCAGCUCAACAUAUUCCUCCUAAGGACAUAAGAACUGAUAAUGUUGGUCACUGGCCUGGUAAUUGUGUUCGCAGUAGAUGCAAAAUGCCUGGAUGCAAGGGAUACACGCAAACAAGGUAUGAGAAGUGUGGAGUAGCUCUUUGUCUUACCACGACCAAAAAUUGUUUUAAAAAUUUUCAUAUGUAG